AUGGCAACCCUAGAAUGUGGUUUAUUAUUGAUACUAGUAAUAUUAAGUUUGUGUAGUGCGUCCUGGUCGGCAAAACAACCUUAUGAAGCGGACAUAGGACUUCAAUGCGGGUUCACCAGACAUCCAAGCUUGUGUGCAGAAACUCUGACAGAAUCAGGCUCUAGAAAUCAAGCCGAUUUCAUGUCUGUCCUUGUUAACAAGACAAUCUAUGAAUCCAAGCUGCCCAUUUCUAACUUUGAGCAACUCAGUGUCCAUUUUGUUUCUCAAGAGGCCCAACAUGCUCGAAUGGCUAUAGACUAUUGUCAUGAGCUGGUCGGAAUGUCACUCAAACGACUCAACCAAGCCUUGGACGCACUCAAGGCAUCGCCAAUAAAACAUAAAUCUGACAUCCAGACAUGGUUGAGUGCUGCCUUGACAUUUCAACAAACUUGCAAGGAUGAAGCAGAGGUUCAUGCUCCAUCAAAUGUGUUCAUGACUGAUAUUUCCAAGAAAAUGGACUAUCUUUCACAAUUGGUUAGUAAUCCACUUGCCCUGGUGAACCGAAUUACUAGAAAGACCAGCACCAAAACACCUUCAGGCCGGCAUCUAAUGGACGAACAAAAUUUCCCUAGUUGGGUAUCAGCCAGUGACAGGAAACUGCUGCAAAGUACAGAAAUAAAAGCAAAUGCUGUUGUGGCAAAAGAUGGGACGGGGGACUAUAAAACAAUCUCUGAGGCCAUCCAGGCUGCAACUGGAAACCGAUUCGUGAUACAUGUGAAAUCUGGAGUUUACAGUGAGAAAAUUAACACCAAAAAGAAAGGAAUUACCUUAAUUGGAGAUGGAAAAUACUCAACCAUCAUUUCUGGUAGUAGUAAUGUUGGUAAUGGAGGCUCGUCCCUUCGAGGGUCUGCAACAUUUACAAUUACUGGAGAUGGCUUUAUUGCUCGGGACAUUGGGUUUCAGAACACGGCCGGGCCUAAUGCGGAACAAGCCGUGGCGCUAAAUGUUGCCUCAGACCACUCUGUACUCUACAGAUGCAGCCUGGUGGGUUACCAGGACACAUUAUAUGCACACUCUAUGCGCCAAUUUUAUCGCGAAUGUGACAUAUAUGGUACGGUGGACUUCAUUUUCGGGAACGCUGUUGCUGUGUUCCAGAGCUGUAACUUGGUCCUACGCCAGCCACGCAGUGGUGGGGCCUACGACGUGAUCCUGGCAAAUGGCCGGUCUGACCCUGGACAGAAUACUGGAUUCUCUGUCCAAAAUUGCAGGAUUAGCCGAGGAUCAGAUUAUUCUGCUGCAAAAAGUGCAUACUUGGGACGGCCCUGGAAAAAAUAUUCAAGAGCAGUUGUGAUGCAAUCAACAAUUGAUGCCGUGAUUUCAUCCCGGGGUUGGGUGGAGUGGCCAGGAUCCAGUGGUUCCACUUACCAAACACUCUACUUUGCUGAAUUCGAAAACAUCGGCCCUGGGGCCAGAACUUCUGGAAGAGUAAAUUGGCCUGGUUUUCAUGUCAUUGGAAGGCCAGAAGCCACCAAAUUCACUGUGGCUAAUUUCAUUGGCGGGACAUCUUGGUUGCCCUCUACAGGUGUCACCUUCAUUUCUGGCCUCUAA